AUGAAACUAAACACUGAUGGUAGCUUUUGUAGCGCCACAGAUAGAGCUGGGAUAGGUGGAAUACUCAGAAAUGAUAAAGGGGAUUUCAUCAUGGCUUUUUCAUACUCUGUUGACUGUGAGACAAAUAAUCAUGCAGAAGCUCUUGCUGCAGAAUUUGGAAUCAACUGGUGCAUUCAACAAGGCUUGAACAAUAUUAUUUUGGAACUUGACUCCCAGAUCAUUGCUAACAUGCUAAAGGAGAAAGGCACAGACAACUUGAAACUGAAGCAUAUAAUCAGUAGAAUCACAGGACUGAUCAAUGGUAACGCAGUACAGACUGCUCAUUGCUAUCGAGAAGCUAAUUCUGUAGCUGAUUUUUUUGCAAAACUUGCUUCAACGAGUGGAAGGAGGACCUUGCAUAAUUCUCAUAUAGGAUUACCAAGAGUAGCUAAGGGGCUAAUUCAACUUGAUAAGCAACAAUUACCUACCUUUAGAAGAAGGUUUGAAAAAUCUUUUCUCUUUUCUUCUUCUCAUGCUUCAACUGGUACCCCAGCAUCUGCAUUUCAUCUUUUGGCAUUAUUUUCUGCUUUUCUCUUUUCUUCUUCUUCUCAUGCUUCAACUGCUUUUCUCUUUUCUUCUUCUCAUGCUUCAACUGGUACCCCAACAUCUGCAUUUCAUCUUUUGGCAUUAUUUUCUGGUUUUGGUCCCCUAGCUUAUUCAGUAUUGUCCAUCUUCUGGGACACAGAAGUAUAUGGCAAUCCUAUGUGGAGAUUACAACAAAAGCUAAAAAUUUUGUCUAAGGAACUUAGUAAGUGGUCUAGAAACAGUAUUGGGGACGUUCUUGAAAAUGUCAAGAAAUUUGAGAAGGAAGUUUCAGACGCAGAAACUGCUUACUUAAAUUCCGAUUCUAAUACUGAUAGAACGCUGCUUAAUAAGGCUAAAGCCGAAUACAUCAAGUGGUUGAAAAUGGAAGAUUCUAUUUUAAGACAAAAAGCUAGAAUCAAAUGGGCUGAAGAAGGGGAUUCAAAUACGAAGUACUUCCACAGUACCAUCAAGGCUAGGAGAAGAAGAGCUCAAAUCUAUAAAAUUAAAGAUCAGAAUGGUCAAUGGGUCGAAGGGAAUUUAAAUAUCUCCAAAGCUGCCAUCGAUCAUUUCAGCGACUUAUUUAGUGGAAAACCAAGGGAUAGGGAUUUGAACUUUAUCAGAGGUUGCGACAAUCUGAUCAGCACUGAGGACAAUGCCUUAUUAACAAAAUAUCCCACAGCAGAAGAAAUUAAGACGGUCACCUCACCUGAUUGUUUUUCUAAGCUUAGACCUAUCAGUCUUAGUAAUUUUUCAAACAAAAUACUGUCUAAAAUUCUUGCUUUAAGGAUUAACAAUAUUUUGCCUAAGAUCAUUUCUGAAAAUCAAUCUGGUUUCGUUAAAGAUAUGUCUGAAGCUUAUGAUAAAUUGGAUUGGAAUUUCUUAAUUUCUGUUCUUAGAAAGAUGGGAGACCCUCUAUCUCCUACUCUUUUUGUUAUUGCAGCCGAAACUCUUUCAAGAGCUUUGAAUCAUCUUAAUCAGAAUGAUAGGUUCAUUAAUUUCUCUAUGCAUAAAAAAGGGCCCCAGAUUAAUCACCUUAGUUAUGCUGAUGACCUUGUGCUUUUCACUUCUGCCAAUAAAUUUACUAUUAAGCUCAUGAUGAAUUUGCUUAGGUUGUAUCAAAAGGCUUCUGGUUGUCCCAUAUACUGUGGUAGGAAGAGAAUCUCUUAUUUUUCUGACAUUUCCAAAAAGAUUCUUAAUAAGAUUGCAGGUUGGCAAGGAAGAUUCUUAUCUCCAGGUGGUAAGGCUACCAUUAUUAAGCAUGUUCUUCAAUCUCAAGCUCUUCAUAUAUUUGCUGCCUUAAUGCCACCGGUUACAUCUCUAUAUGAGAUUGAAAUGCAAUUUGCUAACUUCUUCUGGGGAGAGAAAUAUGGUAAAAAUAGCUAUCAUUGGUCCUCUUGGGAAAACAUGAGUUACCCUACCAUAGAAGGGGGCUUGGGUUUCAGGAGUCUUAUUGAUAUCUGUCACACAUUUGCUGCUAAAAGAUGGUGGAGAUUGAGAACAGAACCUUCUUUGUGGGCACAUUUCAUUAAAUCAAAGUAUUGCCAAAGAAGUAACCUCAACUCUAAGACCAUUGCUCCAAAAAAUUCAGCUGCUUGGAAAGAUUUGCUUCAUAUUAGAGAUAAGAUUGAAGCCAACAUCAGUUGGAAAAUUAAUUCCGGUAACAGUCUGCUUUGGUGGGAUAACUGGACCCAUCAUGGAUCUCUCUAUCAGAUUUUAAAACCUUCGGCCAAGCCUGGUAAUGUGGAAAUUAACCAUUUCUUAUUAAAUCAGCAAUGGCAUAUUGAUGAUAAUCCUUUUUCCUUACCAAUGGACACUCUGAAUCUGAUCAAGAGUAUCCCUAUCGGUAAACAUGAUGAAAAGGAUCAGCCUAUCUGGAAUCUAAAUAGCAAUGGUUUAUUUACAUGUUCCAGUGCUCUCGAAUUCCUUAGGAAGAAGUAUGUUGCCCCUCACAUUUAUAAGUUCAUCUGGAUAAAAGAAAUUCCUUUCAAGGUUUCCUUUUUCAUGUGGAAGCUUUUAAAGAAAAAUCUUCCUCUAGAUGCUAAUCUUGCAAGAUUUAAUAUUGACAAAGGUGCUAGUUGUUGUUGUUGCAGGACUGCAUGUAUAGAAACUGGGAAUCAUGUUUUUGCACAAAGUGAGCUUGCAAAACAAAUAUGGCAAAUCAUGACCAGACCACUGGGGAUCAGCAUUACUGGUUCCACUGUUCAGACAAUUCUCUGGCAACGGUGGAGACAAAAACCAACAAAUAUUAUUCACAAGUUCCUUCUACUUAUCACUCCAAUGAUAAUCAAGGUGGCAAUAAGACAGAAAUUUAAAUCCAUAGACUACACCUGGAACUGGAGCAAAGUUUGUUUCGAAGCGGAAAAUUUUAAAGCUGUGAUAACCAGUAAGAUGAUCAGAUGGAUCAAACCUAUAGGCAACACUUGGAAGCUCAACACAGAUGGAAGUUACAUGAAAAAUCAAAACAAAGCGGGAGCCGGUGGUAUUGUUAGGAAUAGAAUUGGGAACAUGAUCGUGGCAUUUGCAUAUCCAACCCAAUUUUACACUAACAAUUAUAGCGAAGCAUAUGCAGCUCUAGUUGGAAUUUCUUGGUGUGUUAAUCAUCCUUUUGAAUCCCUUGAGGUAGAAUUGGACUCCAAGAUGGUGGUACAAAUGAUAGAUGGUUCCUUAAAACCUCCUUGGAGGUUAUUGGACAUUAUAGAAAACACUAAGGCAAAGAUGGCUCACAUAAACAUAUCGAUAAAGCAUUGCUUUAGAGAAGGGAAUGAGGUAGCGGAUGCACUAGCAAAAUAUGCAACCCAAAUUCAAGUCCCUAGAAUUUUUUUGAAUGAAGGUGACCUGCCAACGGAGGCUAGAGGACCGCUCCGAAUGAAUAAACUUGACUUCCCCUCCUUCAGGAGAAGAGUUAAAAAAAACUCAGAAAACUGA